AUGAAGUCGUCGUGGAUCAAGGCGAGAGCUGCUCUCUCGUUGCCUCUGAGCACGGGCCUUCACCGUUGGAGCAGCAGCUCCGCCUUGAUCAUGCCGCCUCACAGCACGGCCGUUCGAUUCUACUCGACAGCCUAUCGCCCAGUCCUCAGACCAGAUUCAUCGUCGUGCGCACUCUCGCUCGCAUCGUCGCACACCUCGUCGCACACCUCGUCGCACAGCUCUUCGUGCAGCUUAUCUUGCGAUGCGUCGACGAGAUCCUUUCUCGCCCACCGUCCAUCGCUCUGCACGCGACAGGCCGUCGCACGGCCCCGAUCGUCGCAUGCGGUCUCACGAGCAGGCCGCCUCGCAGCCACUCUCACCACCUCCUUCCUCCACCCCGCCAGCGCAAGCGUCGCGGUCCCCCCCCUCGCUUGCCGGCCGCCGAAACGGCAACUGAUCGUUGCCAGCGGCGCCGCGAGCGCGGGCCAACCAGCUGUACCUCAGCAGCCGCACCGAGCAUCAACGGAUACAUCUCUCGCGUCGGGCAACGGCAGCGUUUCGGAGUUUUCCACGUCGAUCCACGAGGAAGUGGAGGGAAGCAUUUGGCAGGGAGGGAAGAAGCUGCGGGCGGCGGUCGACUUGGAGGAGGAAGUGGUGGUGGCGGGUGAUGGUGCGGCGGUGGGCAGAGGGCAGCAGAGCUACGCGGAGCUGGAGCCGACCCCCAUGGUGCAGGAGGCGUGGGACCUCCUCAACGCCUCCGUCGUUCAUUAUUACAACCAACCUGUGGGCACGGUAGCAGCAGCGGACCCCACGUCAACAGCAGCGCUGAACUACGACCAGGUGUUCAUCCGCGACUUCAUCCCCUCCGCGCUCGCCUUCAUGCUGUCCGGCCACCACGAGAUCGUCCGCAACUUCCUGCUCUACACGCUGCAGCUGCAGAGUUGGGAGAAGACCGUAGACGCGCACAGGCCAGGCGAGGGGCUCAUGCCGGCCAGCUUCAAGGUCACGCAGACGCCCGUGGAGGGCAGCGCUGGGGGCGGAGCGGCGUACGAGGAGCACCUCGACCCUGACUUUGGCGAGUCUGCCAUUGGCCGCGUGGCUCCUGUUGACUCUGGCCUGUGGUGGAUUCAACUAUUGCAAGCAUAUGGGCGGUGCACAGGAGACGUGUCAUUGCAGCAGAGAGUAGACGUGCAGACGGGCAUCAAGCUCAUUCUCAAGGUCUGCCUCGCGGACCACUUCGACAUGUUCCCCACGCUCAUCACCACAGAUGGCUCCUGCAUGAUCGACAGGCGGCUCGGCAUCCAUGGCCAUCCUUUGGAGAUUCAGUCACUGCUAUACGGCGCCCUGAGAGCAGCGCGGGACAUGCUCAUCCCAGAGGGCGACAGCAUCGACCUCAUCCGCGCCGUCAACGGGCGGCUCACGGCCCUGGCCUUCCACAUCCGCCGCUACUACUGGCUCGACCUGCCCGCACUCAACACCAUCUACCGCUUCAGGAGAGAGAGGAGCAAGCCCGAAAGAACACUCUCGCAAUUCACCCACUUCCGCCCCUUCCCCUGCCCCCUCCCCUGCAGUCACUGCUAUACGGCGCCCUGA